UCAGUAGUAACUUCCUGUUCACACGGACUUUAAACGUUUAAACUGUUAUACUGUUUAUCAAACCCUGCAUGAUUAAAAAUAACAAUAACAAAUAAGUGAUUGAAUGAUUUACAGCCUUUUCUGUUAAGUAUUCAAAACCAAACGGAAACAAAAUGAGUGAAAAAGUACCUCUGAUUUCAAACGAAGAGGACAAUAAUUUGGCAGUAUCAGCCUCAUCUGAACUCAGGAUUGUUCUGGUGGGUAAAACUGGAUCAGGAAAGAGUUCAACGGGAAACACCAUCCUGGGUCAAAAGUAUUUUAAGGAGGAUGUUUCACUAGUGUCAGUUACUAAAACCUGUGAGAGAGGAGAUGUAAAGUUGGGUGACCGGAUCAUCUCAGUCAUCGACACUCCAGGCCUGUUUGAUACGACAAUGUCAAAACAGAAAAUGAAGGAGGAAAUAAUGAAGUGUGUCAUUAAGUCUGUUCCUGGUCCUCAUGCAUUUCUGCUGGUCAUCAGACUGGAUGUGAGGUUCACAGAUGAGGAGAAAAACACAGUCAAAUGGAUUCAGGAGAACUUUGGAGAAGAAGCUGCAUGUUACACCAUCAUUCUGUUCACUCACGCUGAUGCACUAAAGGAGAAACCAUUUGAUGUGGAGAUCAGAAAAAGUAAUAAUCUCAAGGCUCUUGUUAAUGAGUGUGGAGGCAGAUUUCACUCAUUCAAUAAUGAAGACAAGAGGAACCGCAAACAGGUCACAGAACUGCUGAUGAAGAUUGAAAAGAUGGUGAAAGAGAACGGAGGAGGACAUUACACUGAUGAGAUGUACCAGGAAGCUCAGAGAAGGAUACUAGAUAGAAAACAGUUCUGGUCAGAAAAUCCUCGGAUUGUGCUGCUGGGUAAAACUGGAUCAGGAAAGACCAGUGCAGUAGAAACCAUUGUAGGCCAAAGUUUUGAAAGGAGAAAUUCUGCUACUGAAACCUGCGAGCUAAAAGAAGCACAUGUGGAUAAAAAGAGCAUGAAAAUAAUUGACACUCCAGGACUGAUUGAUGCAGCAGAGAAGAAGGUGAAAGAAGAAAUAGAGAAGUUUGUCUGGAUGUCUGCUCCCGGUCCUCAUGUGUUCCUGCUGGUCAUCAAACUCGCAGAUGAAGAGGAAAACACAAAGGAUUGGAUUCAGGAGAACAUUGGAGUACAUGCUGUACAACACACCAUCAUUCUGUUCACUCACACUGAUAAUCUGGGGGGUAAAUCAUUAGAUGAGUAUAUUGGAGAGAGAAUGUUUCUUCAAUCACUGGUCAACAGCUGUGGAAGCAGAUUUCACUCAUUCAACAAACAGAACAGAAGCGAUCACAAUCAGGUCACAGAGCUGCUGGAGAAGAUUGAGAACAUGGCAGAGGACAAUGGAUGGAGGUACUACACAAAUGAGAGGUUUAAAGUAAUUAUCAAAAGAAAAGAACAUAGACUACGUAAUGUUUCAGUAAUAAUUGGAUCAGCAGGAGCAGCAGCUGUAGUAGCAGGAGGUGUUACCCUGGGAGUAACAACAUUUGUGGCAGCACCAGCAGUAAUAGUUGCAGGAGGAGGUCUAGCUUUAGUUGGAGCAGCUGGAGCUGGAGGACUAGCAAUAUAUAAAAGAUUCUUUAAAAAAGAUUAGGACACUUUAGCUAACCAUUUUUAUGCAUGACUGUUAUGUCACAGUGGUUGUGGAUGGAUGACACAGUGAUGCAUACAACAAAUUAAAAGAGGCAUUUUAAUAAGUGGCUAAAAUAAGCAGAGACCUUAAUGUUUAAAUCUUCAGUAUGAUGAUCAUUCAAUCUGAGUGCUUAAAUUUGUUGUAUAUAAAUCAAACGUUUUUGAUUCAUUCUUGUAAAGGUAAAUGGGAAUUUUGAUUGUGCUUAUGAUAAUAGCUCUCCAUACAUCUUCCAUGACACUUUGCUCUCAUAUAUUAGGAGCAGUUUUUAGUUUAAUGUUUAAAUGUUGUUCUUUGUACUCAGGUGGCUUUAUAUGCUUGUGUUCAGAUUAGCAUGAAAAAUGAUUUGUAGAAUUAAACCAGUGCAAUUAAUCAAAAGUUCCCCAUUUCAAAUCAAGGACUGCUGAAUUACAUACAUGAUGUGAUGGCUUUAAAGGCCACCGCUGUGUAAAUUCAGCAUACAAGAAUUUAAUAAAAUCAGGCUGAUGAACUUA